AUGGCCGCUUCUCCUCCAAGGCACUAUAUGUACCUGUUGGCACUCUGUGUGCUGGUAUUCUGCGACGCUUUUGCUCCAUCAUGUCAAGAUUAUCGUCGAGUUUGUGUACGGUUGAUGGCUCGUGAUGGCCAUGGAGAUCCAAGCGACAAGUCAAGCAGACGGCAAUUUCUGGGAUUGGCAGUGUCAUCAUUGUUGAUUGUACCGUCGAGUGCCAGUGCUGCCGAUGAGCUUUUCAAACCUAAUCCGUUGACUAAUCCCUUGCUGGAACAGAUUCGGAUUUGGGAGCAAGCAGAAGCAGAUGAUAUCAAAUAUGGAGGCGAGCUGACUCCAGGCGAUGCUGGAAACAAAGGUAGAGUUGAGCAGUACCCUGCCCUCUUGGUACCAAUCUUGAGCAUGGAAGAGGAGCUGAGAAAGGUGGAUGCUCUGAUUCAUGGAACAAAGACAGACUGGAAGGAAGCUUACAAAAUAAUGCAACAACCAAAGUAUGACAAGAUUGCCUUUAAAGCAACGUUCAACCGUUUUGCCGACAACAUUUACUAUGGCGAUCCCGAGAGGGCAAAUGCGUACUUGGGUGGAGGGGCCACCCCGAAAGCAGAGCAAAGCAUUGCCUACUUACUACGGAAUGAAAUCUUGACCAAUAUUGAAUCACUUCAGGCUGAGCUUGCUUACCUGCUAAAGGAGACUGACGAUGACACGGAAGAUCUGUACAAGUAUUCUUCCAGUGCCAACUCAGCAAUGAAAGAUUAUCUGGCCAAUGUGAGCCCGUAUGAACUGAAGAAGGCCAAAGAGCUGCUGCUAACAAACGAGAGGCAAUCAUAG